AUGCUCCCGGUUACUGGGGACUUCAGAGUGGAGGUCAGUGACUGGAGAGGAGAAGAGGCCGCUGGGGGUGACCGGCACAUCCACCAGCGGGAUUUAGCCUGGCUGCAGCAGGCAGAUGUGGUUGUGGCUGAGGUGACGCAGCCCUCCUUGGGUGUCGGCUACGAGCUUGGCCGGGCCGUGGCCCUCCAUAAGAACAUCCUGUGUCUGUUUCGCCCGCGGUCUGGCCGAGUGCUUUCAGCCAUGAUCCGGGGAGCAGCGGACGGCUCAAGGUUCCAGGUGUGGGACUAUGAAGAGGAAGAGGUGGAGGCCAUGCUGGACCGAUACUUUGAGGCUGAGCCUUCUGCUUGGGUGGCUGUCCCAAGGGACUGAACUGCCGGACUUAACCCCCC